GUGGCACGUUGCUUUGGUCGCUCGCUGUUCAUGAAGUAGCAGUUGGCAGCUCUGUUUUGUUCACGCUAUUACUCAUUUAAGACCGAAGCUCUGUCGGAUAAACGCUUUUUAAAAACCCAUUACUGUUAGGAGCCGUGCUAGGUUUUGCUAGAAAGAAAACAGUCUAUUCUGAGAGCUGCAGUCUGUCUGUGUUGUGUUACGCGAAGUAACCUAAAGCACUGACCAGCCGUGAACCAGCCACUGCGCUUGAGCUGCAUCAGCGUUUGUUAUUCCUGGGGAAAUGCCAACGUGCUGGCUUGUUAGUGAAGAUGACAGACACAAACCCAUUCAGCUUCCUCACCAGCAAGCUCUGAUUUUGGGUCGAGGGCCAGAAACUAAGAUUAAGGACCAGAAGUGCUCCAGAAAUCAAGUUGAACUGAGAGCAGAUUGCAAUCGAGGAUUUAUCAUUGUGAAGCAGUUAGGUACCAACCCUACCAAUGUGGAAAAUGUCAUUGUGGGUAAAGGCAAUCAGGUAAAUUGGUUGCUGGCCGUAACAGCCUACCAACGGCAUUUCCCUCACCUCUACAACCAGGUGCCUCUAAAGCCAGGACAGAAGCUCUGCAUGGUCAACCAGCUUUAUCCAUACACAGUACGGUUUAUUGAAGAUGCAUCCACAUUUGGUUCUACUGGAGACGGAAACAAGCCAGUGAAAAGACCCUACCAGAAAGAUUCUCAUGGAGAUGAAAAAGCGAAAGAGGGUCCAGCCUCUAAAAUAUCAACACCAUCCCACACAGAAGAAGCAUCAUACGGUGCAUCUGUGACAGAAAAAGCAACACCACAAAAGGCGGAACCUGCAGGGCAUUGGAGUCAAGGUCUAAAAGUCUCAAUGCAGGACCCAAAGAUGCAGGUGUAUAAAGAUGAGAAGGUGGUGGUGAUUAAGGAUAAAUACCCAAAGGCACGGUAUCAUUGGCUGGUGCUGCCAUGGGAGUCGAUCUCUAGUCUGAAAGCUCUGAGGGCGGACCACUGUGAGCUACUAAAACACAUGCAGAAAGUGGGGGACAGGAUGAUAAAGCACUGCCCCGAUGCACAGAAACUGCGCUUCCGCCAAGGCUAUCAUGCCAUACCCAGUAUGAGUCAUAUUCACCUGCAUGUGAUCAGCCAAGACUUUGACUCUCCUUGUCUGAAGAACAAAAAACACUGGAAUUCAUUCACCACUGACUACUUCAUCGACUCUCAGGAAAUCAUUGCUAAGUUGGAGCGAGAUGGAAAAGUGAGCGUGAAGGAAGGCAUGGGUGAGCUGUUGAAGCUGCCGUUGUGUUGCCAUGUUUGCCGCAAAGAGCAAGCUACAAUACCGAAGCUGAAGGACCAUCUCAAAACUCAUUUGCUUUCCUGAAACUUUGCCAAGAAGUUCUUUUGAAAAGAAGAGAGCUGCACUGUAUGUAGCUAUACAUAAAUAAUGGAGUGUUGUAAAGUAAUGUGAAAUUGCUUUAUAGUUAAAUGGUUCUGUACCUGUAAUAUUCUAGUAAGGCAUUUAAGUGUUCCUAGUGUUUGGUUAGCAUUGUUGCUCAGUAUUCUGCUUUACGAAGUUUUUAAAUAAUAAGUUUGUAAAUAAUUGGACCCUUACUGCAUUAAAAUGUUUUCAUUCACAUUUUUUUCUUUGUCCCUAACACUUUAAUUAACAUACAGCAAGUACUGUUUUCAGCACAAUAUGGAACAAGUCAGGUUUCCUCCACUUAGUCAAAACAGCCAUUAAGUUCAGGAGACCUUUCUGAGGAGAUAUAAAAUAAUCCAUUUGCAUUAUGAAGGAGAAAGUCAGGAACAUGAGGGGGGAAGUUUUCAAAACUGGAAUUAAUUUCUUUUAAAGAUACAGGGAAAAGGGGAUUCCAUAAACCAGACCUUGUAGACCACAAAAACCGCAUCUUUGAGAGGGGAUAAAAACGAGCACCACUCUUUUUAAUUUACUGAGAAAAGGAAAAUCUUGUAAAGCAAACAAAACACUGAUGGUUUCAUAACAAAGGGCAAAGACAAAGGGAGAACAUACUAAAUAUUGAAAAGUGAUGGGGGGGGGGGCGGAUCCAUUGUCAAGGCUUAUGUGCAAUUGUGAUUUUCCAUGAUGCUGAAAAAGGAACAUCUUGCACUUAAUGCUGUAUUUGCUGAAAACUGAGUAUCAUACCAAAAAUGCAGACAUUUUUUAUUGUUUUUAAAAACGUUGAUGUACACAACUUUUUAUUCAUUUUCUUGUCCAUUUGUAUGCUUUUAAAAUGAAAAUGAGCAUGUAUUACAUCCAGUAACAGAAGCCCCAGUUUCUGACAAAAUGUGUCUGGUGCAUCAAGUGUAUUACCAGCUUAUGUAGGCUUUUUUGUUCCUAUAUUACAAAUACUUAAGUCCUAACCCACAUUAACAUUGAGAGUACAUUAAUUACUACAACUGUGGUGCUUUG